GGAUCGAUUCCUUUUUUGCUUCAUGCGGAGAGGAUGGCAAAACAGUUAAAUCGGAAACCAACAUAUGGAGAAGUGUUUAAUCGCACCCACAAACGUGCGAAGGGCCUUGGUGAUUAUAUUGAUAAUAAGUCGAAAUCCGUUAGUGAUUUGUAUACUUCUUCAAUGAGCGAGAAAUAUGGUGCCGAUGAAUCUUGUCAUCCUGAAUUUGAUCCGCAACUUUGGUGUGAUGCAAUUGGUGGUAUGGAGACUACACGGACACAUGUAUAUGGCUUUGGAACUACACCACGUGGAAAGAGUUUCUUGUCUCCUACCAAUAGUAUUGGGGAAGCAUGCUCGACGACUUGUAGUCCACAAGUUGAUCAAACUCCACAUUCUAACACCGAAGUUGAUAAUCUCACGAGAAGAAGUGACGGUUGUGAAGAACAAACUACAAAGCUUGGAGGAUUCUCAAAAAAAUAUAGUCGCAGUCGAGAAUGA